AUGAGCCGAGGCCUGACUGGAGCCUGGUCCAUGGUUGGGAACUCAACCAAUCAAUGUAUUGAUUUGGCGCCAGUUGUGCGCGUGGAUGCUCAGCCGGUGACAUCUGCAGACUGGGCCACUGCGCCGCUGGCUACCACAGUUCAAAAUGGUCAAGUUGACGGCAAAUUCUUCAGCGUUGACAUCUCCAAGAUCCCUGAGGCGAAGGAACAGAAGCCGACUAGUGCAGGAGCGGCUGUGCGGCGCAUGUUUAGUCGUGUCGCCUCACCCAACCUGCCAAAGCCUCAUCGUUAUCGCGCUCUUCACUUGUCGCAGGCGUUCAACACAUCUCAGAACAACGGUACCACAGCGGACGUUGUAAGGAUUCCCGGGCGACCGAGCUCGAUGGAAUUUCUGGACCUCUGCCGUACCGACUUGUCUGAGCGAAGUUACCUUCUGCCGAGUGAUGCCUCUCAUCUGGGUCUAGCCCUAAAGGAAUUGGAGGCCCCAAAGCAGCAUUUUGUUCAGCAUGCUCUAUGGAUGGCACUCAUCAACUCUCACUUUCAUGCUUGCGCUCACUACUUAGUUCUGCCUGCCGCUAUUUUACGGUUUGCAGCCGUGCCUCCGUAUCCUCAAACAAAGCCUUGA